AUGCCACAUAGACCAAGAAUACAAAUUGGAAUUUCAUGCAGGAAUAUACCACAACUAAUGAAGGCAUCUUAUGCCAAGUUCUCCGUAUCCUAUGGAGGCUAUCUACACGAGAAACACGUAACUGAAACGGAACUUAAGCAAAUUAUAACGACUGAAAUAUUCGAAUGCGAAAGAGAUGAUCGAGAGGAUUCUGUACUUCUUGGUUACAUCCAGUGUACCGUGGGUAGAGUCAUUCACAGUGGUGGUGAACUAAUACUUCCGAUAAUAUGGAAUGAUGAUGUUCAAGUGGACAGAAACAUACCCAUGGAUAUAGUUGUAUGCAUUCGAGAGGAUCCCUUCUCAAAAGAGAAUAUUUUCAUUAAAAUGAAUGGUGCAAAUUUGGAUAAAAAAGAUUUCUUUGGUAAAUCUGAUCCUUAUGUAAUAAUUUAUCGGAGAAAUGAAAGAGGAAAAUUACAGAAAUGUUAUCGAAGUGAAGUAAUAAAGAAUACACUGUUUCCUGACUGGAAACCAAUUCUCGUAUGCUUAGAUCGACUAUGUGGUGGAAACAUUGACUGCGAAUUAUAUUUCCGAUGCUUUGACUGGGAUGGAGCUGUUGGAGAUUCGGAGGAAGUGGAUACUGAAAUUGAUGACCUGAUUGGAGAGUUUAACACAACGGUUAGCAAACUGUUAAACAGCAGUGAGAACGGGAUUGAAUUUCAGCUGAUAAAUAUGCCAAAGAAAAAACGAAAAAAAUACUAUCAGAAUUCGGGUUUGGUUACUGUGAAAUCAUACUUUGCUCAAUCAAAGUACUCGUUUCUAGAUUACAUCUUUGGUGGCUUAAGCAUAAAUGUAGUUGUCGCUGUUGACAUGUCAAGUCAUGCUUCAGCAAACUUAACAGGUACAAUGAAUCAACAAAUUGAAUUAUCUCAAUCUCAUACAGAAUAUGAAGUAGCUAUACAGGCUGUGAUGGAAAUACUUCAGGAAUAUGACAGCGAUCAACUUUUCCCUGCCUUUGGAUUUGGUGCAAAAGUUUCCUCGGGUGGAAAGUUGUCUUACAGAUAUCCAUUGAAUGGUGAUAUAAACAACUGCUAUUGUAAAGGUAUGGCAGGAGUACUUGCUGCCUAUCGUCAUUGUUUAACCGACUUGUAUUCAUCAGGUCCAAUAUUGUUUUCACCUAUUAUUCGAGAAGUUAACGAGGCAGCGAAGCAAAGUGAAGCUGCAGAUAACUACUAUGUUCUAUUAAUUUUAACCAAUGGUACUGUGGACGACUGGAUUGAGACUAAGAAGGCGGUAAUUGAAGCAUCAUUUCUCCCCGUAUCUAUAAUUGUACUUGGUGUUGGAGGAGGCAAAUUUCCAGAAAUGGAAAUACUGGAUCAAGACUUUGGUCUCUUAAAAGUUGGUCAAGAACAGGCGUGUAGAGAUAAUGUACAAUUUGUACAGAUGCGUCGAUUUUUACGAUUAGCAGCAGAUGGAUCAGAUAGUAUUCGUUGGAGUAAAGUGGCUCUUGCUAAAGAAGUUUUAGCUGAACUACCCUCACAGAUAUUAGAAUAUUUAGACAAGAACCAUCUAAGUCCUCAACAUCUUGUACCUAGACAAGCAGAAAAACUGAGUGAUUUAGCAAAUCCUGACUGGUGGAAAAGAUUUACACAACCAUUAUCUGAAAGUCAUUCCAGUCCACAAGAUAAUUUUUCUGAAGAAAAUGGUGCUUUCCAGCGAUUACAGUUGAAUGAAAGAGACAACCAACCAUCUUCAAGUAGUCAGUUCGCAUCAUCCAGCUCUACAUUCAGUUCUCAGUCAUCCGAUCAAUAUUACAAUAAAAGUGGAAAAGUAGGUACCUCUUCUGAAGGGAACAAUUCUCCUUCUAGUGAAGUCAAAAGUCAUUCGAGUAUAACAGUUAAUCAACAAUCUCCUAGAAAGGCUAUCGUACCAUUACACCGUCAAAUGUCAUUGGGAGCAGCUAAAAUCACUGAAAAUUAUUCCGCUAAACCUCGUUUUCGACGAUUACCCAGUGGAUUAGAGACAAAUGUAGCUUCAAGUCGUAAUUCAUCUGCACGAUCAAAUAAUACUAGCAGUGGUACAAAAUAG